AGUUAUUGACUUUGCGCGUGGUCUUUGGUACUGAUUACGAAUCCAAAUUAAUCAUUCAAAUCGAAGAAACAGAGAAGAGAAGUUGAAUCAAAAAUGGCUGGGAGAGCUUCGAUCCCUGCUCGCAACUCUGCCCUCAUCGCUAUGAUCGCCGAUGAGGACACCGUAGUUGGAUUCUUGAUGGCUGGAGUUGGUAAUGUUGACAUCAGGAGGAAGACUAACUACCUCAUUGUGGAUUCAAAGACAACUGUUAGACAAAUUGAGGAUGCUUUCAAGGAAUUCUCAUCGAGAGAUGAUAUUGCUAUCAUCCUCAUCAGCCAAUACGUUGCCAAUAUGAUCCGUUUCUUGGUGGAUAGCUACAACAAGCCAGUGCCUGCGAUUCUGGAGAUCCCUUCCAAGGACCAUCCCUAUGAUCCUGCUCAUGAUUCGGUUCUCUCCCGUGUCAAGUACCUCUUCUCUGCUGAAUCUGUGUCACAGCGUUAAAACAUUUUUACAUUCUGCAAGCUCGCUGAACCUCUAUAUCAUUUGUUUGUUUUUGACAUUCUUGUAUUUCUCCUUUCAAACUCAGAAACUUUCAAUAAAUGUAUAACUCUUGAUUUUUAUUUGGAGAUAAUUGUUAUAUUA